AUGGCCUUUACACUCCCACCUCUCCCAUAUGCCUACGAUGCACUCGAGCCGCAAAUCAGCUCUCAAAUUAUGACUCUGCACCACACCAAGCACCACCAGACUUAUAUCAACGUCCUCAACGCAACCCUGGCCUCCCAAGCCACGGCCUCUACCAAGAACGACAUCGUCACACAGAUCCACCUCCAAAACAAUCUCAACUUCAGUGCGGGAGGUCACAUCAACCACACGCUGUUCUGGGAGAACCUGACUCCCUCAUCCUCCCCGAACGCCCAGAUCUCCGCGGCCCCCAAGCUGAGCGCUGCUCUGGCCGCCCGCUGGGGCUCGGUCGAGAAGUUCCAGGAGAAGUUCAACGCCACGCUGCUGGGGCUGAAAGGGAGCGGCUGGGGAUGGCUGGUGCAGGAUGUGGAGAGCGGGAUUUUGGAGAUCACCACCAGCAAAGACCAGGAUAUCGUGCCUGCUGGGAAGAAGCCUCUGCUGGGCGUCGACAUGUGGGAACAUGCCUACUACCUGCAGUAUCUGAAUGACAAGGCUUCUUACGCCAAGGGGAUCUGGCAGGUGGUGAACUGGAAGAAGAUCGAGGAGCGGUUCGAGGGCAGCUUCGAUGCUGUGUUUGGAGCGCUGGCUGGCUUGAGGGCUAGUAUCUAG